AUGAACAGAGAUCAGGACUCUAGUAAACCAAAUAGACAAUAUUUCAAAUACUUUGUACCAAAGGCUCCUAAAAGGUCACCUUGCAUCAACAGAGGUUAUUGGCUUAGAUUGCAUGCUAUUCGUUCUAGGUUGGAAUGUUUAUUAGAAAAUAGUGACAAAAAAGUGUUAGUUGUGAAUCUAGGUUGUGGGUUUGAUCCACUACCUUUCCAAAUUUUGGAUACUGAAAAUCUGGAUAGCAAAAAGUUUGAAGGUAGAUUCUCGUUCUUAGAUGUUGAUUAUUCUGACCUAAUUGUUAACAAAGUACGUAUGAUACGUGAGCAACCUGAUUUGAUUAAUAUACUGGGUUCUGAAACAGAAUCUAUAGGUAGCACCAAAUCGAAGGAUCAUUUCAAGACAUCAAAAUAUGAAGCUGUGUCAUGUAAUUUAAACGAUUCUGAAAGUUUUGAAAAAUUGAUAAAAGGUUACCAAUCAAAUGAUGAUGAUACUAUAAUGCUAUUUAUUGCAGAAGUUUCCUUAGCAUAUAUGAAGCCUGAAUGUGCAGACAAAAUUAUUUCAAUUUGUUCUUCUCUUUUUAACUCUCAUUUUAUAAUCAUGGAGCAAUUGGUUCCAGAAGGUUUGUAUGAACCAUUUUCAAAGCAAAUGUUACAACAUUUCAAAAAGAAUGAUUCCCCAUUGCAAUCUGUAUUGAAGUACCAUACAAUUCAAUCACAAAUCGACAGAUUUAAAGAAUUAGGAUUUGUUAAUGUCAAUGCAGGUGAUCUGCUACAACUAUGGGAUCAAGUAGAUGUUAAGUUACGUGGUCAAAUAGAAGCAAUUGAGCCAUUCGAUGAACUUGAAGAAUUUCAUUUAUUUUGUCAUCAUUACGUUUUAUGUCAUGCAACUAACGAUAAAGAAUUCAAGUUUGGUGAGAAUUUCAAGUUCUCUAUGAAUUCUGAACUUUCAAAUAUAGAGAAAUCCGAUAAAUUUAAAAUCAUUGAUUUGAAUAACGAUAUCAAAAGGAAAUUUGGUGCAUCUGAAGCUCUCGAAUCUUCCAUCUUAUAUUUUGGUGGUGCUAACCCAACAAGAAUCAACGAAACCAUAGAAAUUGAUACGACUACUAUUACGCAAGAAAAAAUAGAUACUACGGAUACACCAAUUGGAAGAAUGUGCCAUACCUUAAGUAGAAUCUCUGAAUCUGAAAUAAUAUCCAUAGGAGGUAGAAAGGCUCCAGGACAAGGAUUUGAUGAAUGCUGGAAAUUAGAUUUAUCCACCAAGCAAUGGUCAAAAGGUGCCCAGUUGAAUGCUAAAAGAUAUAGACAUAGUGCUUUCAUGGUGGAUGAUGAAAAUGUAUUAAUAUGCGGAGGUGAUACCACAGAUGAUCCAUUUGUUCUGUACAAUACCAAAUCUAACACAUUUCACAAGUGUGAGGUGAAUGGUUAUGAUAUCAAUGAAUCCUUAGUAGCAGCAGCAAUUUCUUAUAACAUCAAAACACAAACUGGUGUAAUUAUAGGUGGUGCCUGUCACAAAUAUAGCAAGGUAUCUGAUGAGGCUAUGGUUUUUAGUUAUUCUGAUGGUUCCAUUACUAUAACGAAUCGUUUCAAAGACGUUGUCUUCCAAAGAUAUGGCGGUAAGAGCCAGUUUAUCGACGACAAUGAAGUAUUAGUCGUUGGAGGUACAAGUCCUAAUAAAUUAUAUGGUCAAAGCGAUACGAUUGUUGCCAUUGACAUCACCACCGGUGAUAUAAGAUCAAUUGAAAUCCCAAGUAACAUUUGGCAAGAAAGUGACUUAUGUUUCGUUGGAUUUGAAUUACAAAAAACUAACAAUGGAAGAAGUAUACUUAUCGUUGGUGGUGGUGCAACCUGUUAUGGAUUUGGUUCAAUCUCUAAUACCAUUUUACGCAUCGAUUAUUAA